UCCUCUCUGCCUCUCUCAAGGACGUAAGAUCCUCCUGAGGUGCCGCGUCUCGCCAGAGGGACGCGCUUAAAGGAGCAGCCAAGAUCGGGGCAAUCUUUGGGCCGGUGUGGACGUGAACUCUCCGCACUAUUCACCGCGGGACUGGGGGAUCGGGAGCCUUGAACGAGCAGUCCUGAUGUGUGAGGAUGCCUCAGCCCAGAGUGAGGUUAGUGGUGACCGGCGACGACUUUGGUUACUGCCGAAGGAGGAAUCGCGGCAUAAUGGAAUGCUUCAAAGCCAAGGCCAUCUCCAACGCAUCCUUGCUGGUGAACGGGAGCUCUGCCAAGGAAGCUGCUGCAAUGGCUACCAGAAACAAGGUUCCCCUUGGACUCCACGCCAACCUGUCCGAGGGUUUACCGGUCUGUGAGCAACUCCGGGUGGGCUCCACCCUGGUCAACAAGGAUGGGUUCUUCCAUGGAAAAAUGGGAAUUAGGGAAGUGCUGGAGAGCGGGAACAUCAACCUAGCUGAGAUAGAUAAGGAGCUGAGGCACCAAGUCGACCUGUUCUGUGAAUUGACUGGUCAUCUGCCCCAUCAUAUGGAUGGACAUCAACACAUCCACGUGUUACCAGGUAUCCGAGACGUCUUUGCCCAAGUGCUGUCAGAUUACUGCAUCGUGUACACCCGCAUCCCCGUCGAGCCUGGCCUGCACCGCUGCAACCGCAUCACUCAGCAGCUGAUGGACUUCUACCUGCAGGUCGAAAAAGAUGCGUUCAAUUCCAUCGAUGUCUUUCAGCGGCAUGGGAUUAGGUGGCCUGAUGUCUACAUUGGCCUGACCACCAUGGGGAGAAACAUGUCGGUGUCAACCAUCCAGGCCACCAUCGAGAACGCCAUCGCCACGAGGCACGCGAAGCAGCAUCGCCUGUUGGACAUCUUCCCCGCGGCCGCUGCUCACAGGCCAGAGGACACGAUAUUGACCAUGGAGCUGAUGGUCCAUCCCGGAUACUCCAGCUUCCCGGAGGAAGGCGGAUGUGGGCAAGGGCCUGACGGCUUCUCGCUCUCCGCCGAUCGCUUCCACGAACUCGAGACCCUCCAGGCACCCAAGCUGCUCAAGUACUACGAGCAGAGGAACAUCCAACUGUGUGCUUUCAGUGACCUAUGAGUGAAAAACACAAGCCCCGUUUCCCCCAACCCUCUUCCAGCCUGGCAGAGGUUGGGGAGCUGAGCUUCCAGACGGGGAGACAAGGCACGAUGAUUGCCACAAACCCUGCAAACCAAUCCCCGUUCCAUGCAGAAAUUGCACGUCGAUCCUCCGACCAGUGGAACUGUAAGCAACCCACCUAGUUCCUCAGGAACGGCAGCAAAGUGCAGGGUUUAUCUUAACGAGUUCAACUGGACUUCUCACACUGCUGGCUUAUCUCUCGUUCCUCGAGAGCAGCUGAGGUUGCCCAGAGUUAACGGUUACUUGUCACCGACAGAGUGUUCACUUUGAAUUGUUCACUUUGCAGGCAACAAGAAAUUAAAUUUGCAAUACUGUGUGGGUUUUAGUUUAGUGGGCCCAUUCGGGGGCGCACUAACACCAUCCUACACACAACAGGGACCAUUUACAUUGACACCAAACCAAUCAACCUGCAAACCUGCACGUCUUUGGAGUGUGGGAGGAAACCAGAGCACCCGGGACAUGGGUAGAAACGGGUGUAGUCAGGAUUGAACCCGGGUCUCUGGCGCUGUAAGGCAGCAACUCUAACGCUGCACCACCGUGCCUCCCACCUUCAUACAUGCUAUCUACAAGCAAAUCAAGUAACAAGUUAGGUAAAACUUAACUGGUACAGAGGAAGGUGAAUUAUUUGUAUUUGACUGAGAGAUACAAGAUGGAAACUGGCCCUUCGGCCCAGUGUGUCUCUUGCCAACUAUCGAUCACCCGUUCUAUGUUAUUCCCACAUUAGUUUACUGUGCUUUAGAGACACAGUGUGGAACCAGGCCCUGCAGCUCACUGCGCUGCACCAACCAGCGAUCAUACACUAACACUAUCCUACACACACUGGGGACAAUGUUACAGUGGCCGUUGACCCAGAAACCCGUACGCAUUUGGAAUGUGGGAGGGAACCCGUACACCUGAAGGGAACCCACACAGUCGCAGGGGGAGUGUGCAAACUCCACAGACAGCACCCCCCCCUAGUCAGGAUCGAACCCGGGCCUGUGAGGCAGCAGCUCGACUAGUUAUUAAAAAUUUAAUAAUUCUGCAGAUUAAAUUAUGACAACAUUGUGCAAUAACAUGUUUUCAAAUUCAGAAUGAAGGCAAGAGAAAUGUUUUGAUUUAUGAUUUUUAAAAUAUUAAUUCUUGGUUAUCACUUAUCACUUUGGUGCUAUUAAUCAGAUGAUGACUGUUUACACUUGUGUAAUGUGCAAUAUCUUUCUGGUUUACAUAGAUACGUAGACACUAGGUGCAGAAGUAGAGGCCAUUCGGCCCUUCGAGCCAGCACCGACCGCCAUUCAAUGUGAUCAUGGCUGAUCAUCCCCAAUCAGUACCCCGUCCCUGCCUUCUCCCCAUAUCCCUUGAUUCUACUCGCCCCAAGAGCUCUAUCUAAUGGCCCUGUCCCACUGUACGAGUUCAUUCCAAGAGCUCUCCCGAGUUUAAAAAAAAAAUCAAACUCAAAAAUCAAGGACGGAGAAUGAACGUAGCGGGUACGUCGGAGCUCGGGGACGUCUCUUAGCGGCUCGUAACGCUAACGGCAGGUACUCGGGAAGAUCCGCUAACGGCAGGUAAGCUCGGGAAGACUGGUGAAGAUUUUUGAAUGUGUUGGAAAAUGUCCACGAGAGCAGCCAUUGCCAUAAUUCCCCGAGUUCGAAUCGGGGCAAACUCUUGAAUGAACUCGUACAGUGGGGCGUUUAACUCUCUUUUGAACUUUCUUGAUGCAAAACACUGUGGUGAAAUAUGCAAAUUUCCUAUUUGCAUCAGAACAUUCCAACAAGCACAAAGAACAGUUACAGCACAAAGGACAGGCCAUUCGGCCCAUACCAUCCAGGCUGUACAUGAUGCCGUUAAAUUGCCCCCCCCCCGCCCUCUGGCAUAUAACCCAUAUCUCUCCAUCUCUCUGUGCCCAUCUAGAAGCCCCUCAAACGCCACUCUGCAUCCAGCUCCACCUCCACCACCACCCCACGCACCCACUACCCAACGUGUAAAAAUAACAUCUCCUUUCAACUUAGCAUCUUUCAUCUCAAGGCUACACUAUCUAGUUUUUGCUAUUUCCAUCCUGGGAAUAAGGUUCUGACAGUCUACUGUUUGUGGCCUAUCUUAAUUUAACACAAUAUGCUUCUAUCAGGUCACCCGUCAACCUCUGACAGUCCAGAGAACACUAUCCAAGUUUGUCCAAACACUCCUUGUAGCUAAUAUGCACUAACCCAGGCAGCGCUCUGGUGAACCUCCUACACCCAUCCUGUAAUGUGGUGACCAGGACAUAAUGCUCCAAAUGUAGUCAAAACAGACCCAUCAAGCCUGCUCCGCCAUUCAAUCACGGCUGAUCUAUCUUCCCCUCUUCUCACCAUAACCCCUGAUACCCGUUCUAAUCAAGAGUCUUAUCAAUCUCUACUUUAAAAAUAUCCAUUGGCACAGCCUCCACAGGCAAUGAAUUAACCAUAUAACCAUAUAACAAUUACCGCACGGAAACAGGCCAUCUCGGCCCUACAAGUCCGUGCCGAACAACUUUUUUUCCCUUAGUCCCACCUGCCGGCACUCAUACCAUAACCCUCCAUUCCCUUCUCAUCCAUAUGCCUAUCCAAUUUAUUUUUAAAUGAUACCAACGAACCUGCCUCCACCACUUCCACUGGAAGCUCAUUCCACACCGCUACCACUCUCUGAGUAAAGAAAUUCCCCCUCAUGUUACCCCUAAACUUCUGUCCCUUAAUUCUGAAGUCAUGUCCUCUUGUUUGAAUCUUCCCUAUUCUCAAAGGAAAAGCUUGUCCACAUCAACUCUGUCUAUCCCUCUCAUCAUUUUAAAGACCUCUAUCAAGUCCCCCCUUAACCUUCUGCGCUCCAGAGAAUAAAGACCUAACUUAUUCAACCUUUCUCUGUAACUUAGUUGCUGAAACCCAGGCAACAUUCUAGUAAAUCUCCUCUGUACACUCUCUAUUUUGUUGACAUGUUUCCUAUAAUUGGGCGACCAAAAUUGUACACCAUACUCCAGAUUUGGUCUCACCAAUGCCUUGUACAAUUUUAACAUUACAUCCCAUGAAUUCCACAGAUUCACCACCCUCUAAAGACUAAAGAAAUUCCUCCUCGUCUCCUUUCUAAAGGUGCCUUUUAUUCUGAGACUAUGGCCUCCGUCCUGGACUGUCCCACUAGUGGGAAACAUCCUCUCCACAUCCACUGUAUCCAGGCCUUUUCACUAUUUGGUAAGUUUCAAUGAGGUCCCCACUCAUCCUUCUAAACUCCAGCGAGUGCAGGCCCAGUGCAAUCAUACGCUCAUCGUAUGUUAACCCACUCGUCCCCCGGGGAUCAUUCUCGUGAACCUCCUCUGGACUCUCUCCAGCGUCAGCGCAUCUUUCCUCAGAAAUGGGGCCCAAAACUGCUCACAAUAUUCCAAAUGCCCGUUAUAUUGUGACGUUGAUCGAGGGGGAAAGUAUUGGGCAGUGUUAAGGAUGGCUUCCGUGUUCUGAACGGUCAAAACAGCAGAGAAUUGACUCGAGUUAAUGUCACGCCUCUUGUGGUGUGUGUGUGUGUGUCCCUUAAUAUUGCCCUGGCCAAUCUCAACCUAAACCUCCUAGACUUAUGAUGGAGACAAAUGUGUGACAAUAGACAAUAGGUGCAGGAGUAGGCCAUUCGGCCCUUCGAGCAAGCACCACCGUCCACGGCUGAUCAUUCCCAAUCAGUACCCCGUUCCUACCUUCUCCCCAUAUCCCCUGACUCCGCUAUUUUUAAGAGCUCUAUCUAGCUCUCCCUUGAAAGUAUCCAGAGACCCGGCCUCCGUGAAAGUGUUUCCUCGUCUCCGUUCUAAAUGGUUUACCCCUUAUUCUUAAACUGUGGCCCCUGGUUCUGGACUCCCCCAACACCGGGGACAUUUUUCCUGCCUCUAGCGUGUCCAAACCCUUAAUAAUCUUAUAUUUUUCAAUAAGAUGACCUCUCAUCCUUCUGAAUUCCAGAGUGUACACGCCCAGCCGCUCCAUUCUCUCAGCAUAUGACAGUCCCGCCAUCCCGGGAAUUAACCUGGUGAACCUACGUUGCACUCCCUCAAUAGCAAGAAUGUCCUUCCUCAAAUUAGGGGACCAAAACUGCACACAAUACUCCAGGUGUGGUCUCACUAGGAUCAAAUUAUGACUGAUAACCAUAAAUAAGUUCCUGAGACACUAUAUUUCUUCUAAGCCCAAGGUCACUUCAUAACCAAAUUGAACAGUGUUGUACCAUGGGCUGACGAGGGUGUUAAUUUUCUUAAAUUAAUUCUGGAAAUAUAUGUAAAUACUGAUUUGCAUAAUGUUUAGCUGCGAAACAGAGGAAGAUUAAAUAUACGGUAGACAAAAAUGCUGGAGAAACUCAGCGGGUGAGACAGCAUCUAUGGAGCGAAGGAAUAGGCGACAUUUCGUGUCAAGACCCUUCCGGUCUACCUUCGAUUUUUCCAGCAUCUGCAGUUCUUUCUUAAAGAUUAAAUGUAACAUGAAGUUUGGGGCCAACAUGCAAUCGUCUCAUUAAAAUUGGCCAUUAAAAACUCAAAUUUGUUUGUU